CCUCGUUGUCUGCGGCGCCCGCCGCUGAUGCUAGAGGAGGAAGAAGCGAAGAACAAGCCGGCAGCGGCGAAAAACAACGAGCACCAUCCUCGGAUCGAGCCGGCACACAGACAUCGUCCGACCGCCAGCUCCCCCCCCCUCCUCCAUCCCUCUCGCUCGGGACACAGCGACUGCAAUUUGAACGCUCGCCCCCGGCCAGAGUGCGCCUUCAGCCGGCCGCAGCGCGUAGGAAAGACCGCGGAUCCAGCGGUAUUAUCUUCUUGAUCCGGACUGCAGGAGAUGACCGAGAUGAAUGCGUUGGAAUCGAUGAUGGAGAUGGGAUUCUCCCAGAACAGAGCGGAAAGGGCGUUGGCAUUGUCAGGGAAUCAAGGAAUUGAGAAAGCCAUGGACUGGUUAAUGGAGCACGAAGAUGACCCCAAUCUGGACGAACCCUACGUCCCACCACAGGGCGACGUCCUGGGCACCGUGGAGAGAUCGGAAGCCGAGGAGGCAGAGUUAACCUUCCAAGAGAAUUCCAACCAGAUCCAACAGAACGCAUCGCUAUCGGAGGAGGAGAAGAAGGAACAGCUACGGAGGCUGGAGGAGCUGAUGAAGCAGCGGCAACUGGAGCGGGAGGAGCGGGAGAAACAGGACGAGGUGAACCGGGAGAAACAGCGGCGGAAACAAGGCCAGGAGCUCUCGCUCAUCCGCCAGAAGCUGCAGGAGGAGGAGAUGAAGAAGAUCGCCGAGGACAGGCGCAAGGAGAAGCAGGAGGACAUCCGGGCCAAGCAGAGAGUUCGAGAAAAGAUCGAGAGAGACAAGGCUGAGAGAGCACUGAAGUUUGGCGGAGGUCCCGUGGCCACAGUCUCUCCACCGCAGCCAACGCCAGCGCUCCCUCAGUCUAGCCAAGCAACAUCGGCCAAGAGGGAGUACGAUGAAUGCAGGCUACAGAUCCGCUUGCUAGACGGGACGCAACUCACACAGUCCUUCAAGAGCAGGGAGCAGCUGGCUUCCGUCAGGCUGUACGUGCAGCUCCAACAGCAGGAAGACACCGACAACUUCAACCUCAUGACGUCCUUCCCCCGCAAAGUCUUCUCUGAAGAGGACAUGGAGAAGCCCCUUCAGGAGUUAGGUCUGGUACCUUCUGCGGUCCUGAUUGUCUGCAAGAAGUGAACACAGCGGGCGGGGAACCUCCUUCACCACCGCACUAACUUGGCGCCGUUAAAAAAAAAAAAAUGCCUUGGAGCGACGGGGAGAGCAUAGCCAGAGUCACUUGCCUGAACGUACACA